UGCCAUUUUACGCGCUGAGUCGCGUAUUUGCAAUGAAUUGUGAAGUGCAUGCACAAAACCCGCUGACAUGACUCAAUCUGACAAGCAGCUCAGACUUUUAAAGCGUCGACUGAAGGAAUGGGAAGCAGGCUUUUUAAAAUCCCAUGGUCGCAAAGCAACUAUAAAGGACAUUGCUGAAAACCCUUCAAUAGAGGCAGAAUAUAAAAAUUAUCGAGCCGAAAAGAAAAAGCUUUCCGCUGGAGCAACUACUAGUAAGACGGAUGCUACCAAACACAGUACUGCAGCUAAACGAAAGCUGCCCAUGGCAGAAGAAAACGAAAAUGAACUUUCCAGUAAGCGAACAACGGUAUCACAAUCGGAAGCACCGGAAACACCUUCCUCUGGAAGAAGAGUAUCAUACCAGUUUGAGUCGCCACGAAUUAAGCGGCACGCCAGUGCUACUCCCACCAGACGACAUUCGAAGGUGGACGCUUUUGUUUCUUCUGUGCAUGGGAACUCUCCAUCGACCAUCAAACAUAACCAGAACAGAGCAAAUCAUUCACAGGAGUCGAACCCAUCUAUGAGUCCCGCUCGACGACGACAACAUGGUGUCAGUCCAAACGAAACUGCAAAGCGAUUACUUCGUACACCCACUAAACUCUCAUCACAAACUUAUCCUUCACCAAAAGCCCUGAAAUCUUUAGAAGCCGUGUUUCAAGAAGGCGAAAGCAACGGAAAGCCAUCACUAUUGGAUCUUUUUACGCAAUUAACAGAAGAAUCACCAGCAGUCGAAGCUGCCAGCCCUGUUGCAGACACAUCGGCACCAGGCUGUGACGAGAGUAUUCAAUUUUUCUUGGAAGGGAUGGUGGAGGAAACUGCCGUUGCUGAGACGCAUGCCGGACUGUCGACUCCGAGGCACAUACCUCGACGACGAGAAAAGCGGCCUGGUCUAGAGGGGUUUGCUCCCAGCAACUCCUUGAACGAUAUGAGCACAAUGUCUGCAAGGCAAUUCGGAAAGCCUGGCGCAUCACAUAGUCAGUCAACAAAGUCAUCACAACCAGAAAAUCAAUCGUUGUCACCGUUGAGUUUCAGAAUUGCGCGGCCGUCAACAGGGGGCAUCAAGAGUAAUGUCAGCCCAAGUGCCGCAAAGACCGAAGACAUACAGAGUCAUAUCAUGCCUGGCUUCUACAGUAGCUUAGCAUCAACACAGAACAGCCGGCGUUUACUGAUUUCACCCGAUCGGAGGCAGCGACUCCUCCGACAGCUAUCAGAUCAUGGUGGUAUUGGAAAUGUACUGUUGGAAGAUCCUAACAAUGCUGAGAGUGACCAAGAACAACUUUUAGAGGGAAAUGAAUCCGGAGAAGACAAUGUGGCUCAAGAAGUUUGGAAAAAGAAACCGAUACAGAAGAGGCAAACACGACGAUAUAAAAGUAUGAAAGCUGUCCUCUCUUUGAUAGCGCAAAGUGUUCUGUUAUAGUUUCUAACCCUCGUUAUUACAAAGUUCCAUACGUUGACACUUCCAAGUCUCGAAUUAGCCAGCGGUCGGUCACGUCCAAACCACACGAACAAUCACCGGAAGAUGAGGAUUCUGACAGCAACAGUGAGAGUCAUCCUGCUGAAACAG